CUACAAUUCCCAUGAUGCACUUGCCAGUUACAUCCCAAGGAAGUUGUAGAAUUCCCCAAAAAAGUGCCCCAGAUUAGUUUGUACAACACAUAAGUCAGUCAGCGGGCUGAGAGUAGAGGCUACACAUCUGACUGCUGUCCUGGACUGGGCUCCGGCUAAUUCCUGCUUCCCACAUACACUUAACACGCGCAGGUGUCAUGGCAGAGCGGGUGCUGGUGGUUGGCGGCGGUGGACGGGAACACGCGCUGGCGUGGAAGCUGGCCCAGUCGCCACAGGUCCAGCAGGUCCUGGUAGCCCCGGGUAAUGCGGGCACGGCCGGCUGUGGAAAAAUCAGCAAUUCGGAGGUAUCGGUGAGCAACCACACCAUCCUGGCUCAGUUCUGCAAGGAUCACCAUGUGGGGCUGGUUGUGGUCGGACCUGAAGUUCCGCUGGCAGCAGGUAUUGUGGAUGAUCUGACGGCCGCAGGAGUUCCAUGUUUCGGUCCUUCAGCCAAAGCAGCUCAGCUGGAGGCCAGUAAGAGCUUUUCCAAGGCCUUCAUGGAACGUCACGGCAUCCCCACAGCUCGCUACGGGUCCUUCACCGACCCCCAGAAGGCCUGUGACUACAUCCGCACGGCCGACUUUCCAGCUCUGGUGGUGAAGGCCAGCGGUCUGGCUGCAGGGAAGGGAGUGAUCGUGGCGCGAGAUCAGGACGAGGCCUGUCAGGCCGUGAUGGACAUUAUGAAGGACGGAGCCUUUGGAUCUGCGGGGGAGACGGUGGUGGUGGAGGAACUUCUGGAGGGAGAGGAAGUAUCUUGCCUGUGUUUCAGCGACGGCCACUCGGUGUCACAGAUGCCCCCUGCACAGGAUCACAAGCGGCUGCAGGACGGUGACCUGGGCCCAAACACAGGCGGCAUGGGAGCCUACUGUCCCACCCCUCAGGUGAGUCAGGAGCUGCUGCAGCAGAUCACAGAGACUGUUCUGCAGAAGACCGUGGAUGGGAUGCGCGAGGAGGGAACACCCUAUGUGGGUGUGCUGUACGCAGGCCUGAUGCUGACAGAGCAGGGCCCGAAGGUGCUAGAGUUCAACUGCCGCUUCGGAGACCCCGAAUGUCAGGUGCUGCUGCCGCUGUUGCAGAGCGACCUGUAUGAAGUGAUCAUGAACACCAUGAAUGGCAAACUGGCCUCCAACGCCCCCGUGUGGCACCAGGACAGCUCUGCAGUCACUGUGGUCAUGGCCAGCGGCGGUUACCCCGGCUCCUACAAGAAAGGAGUCGAAAUCACAGGGUUGUCCCUGGUUCAGGACAUGGGGCUGCAGAUUUUCCAUGCCGGUACAGCCUUGAAAGAAGGAGGCGUGGUCUCCAGCGGUGGGCGGGUCUUGACUGUCACGGCAGUGAGGUCGUCUCUGGAGCUGGCCCUGCAGGCAGCCAAUCAGGGGGUGGUGGCAGUUGGCUUCCCAGGCGCAGUGUACAGGCGCGACAUCGGUCACCGAGCCAUUGCUCACCUGAAACAGCACAGAGGUCUGACCUAUAAGGACAGCGGUGUGGACAUUGCUGCCGGAAACAGGCUGGUGGACAUGAUCAAACCCCUGGCCAAGGCAACUUCCCGUUCUGGAUGUAAUGCAGAACUCGGGGGCUUCGCUGGGCUCUUUGACCUGAAGGCGGCUGGAUUUGUGGACCCGAUCCUCGUAUCUGGAACAGACGGAGUUGGGACUAAGCUCAAGAUUGCCCAGGCGUGCAGGCAGCAUGGCAGCCUGGGUCAGGACCUGGUGGCCAUGUGUGUAAACGAUGUGCUGGCCCAGGGUGCUGAGCCACUCUUCUUCCUCGACUACUUCUCCUGUGGUAGCCUGGAUGUGGACGUGGCCGCCUCGGUGGUCGGAGGCAUCGCAAAGGCCUGCAAAACGGCCGGCUGCGCUCUGCUAGGUGGUGAGACGGCUGAAAUGCCGGGCGUCUAUCCUCCAGGAGAGUACGACCUGGCCGGGUUCUGUGUCGGUGCAGUGGAACGAGGAGCCCUGCUGCCCAGACUGGGGGAUAUCUCCGAGGGGGACCUGCUGGUCGGAGUGGCCUCCUCUGGGGUUCACAGCAACGGCUUCAGUCUUGUCCGCAAAGUCCUGGAGAAGGCGAAGCUCAGCUACAGUUCCCCUGCUCCGUUUGGCGAGUCAGGACAGACUAUUGGGGAGGUUCUGCUGACUCCAACGAAGAUCUACAGCCGCCUGCUCCUGCCGAUCCUGCGCAGCGGAGCUGUCAAAGCUUAUGCUCACAUCACAGGUGGGGGCCUCCUGGAGAACAUCACACGGGUGCUGCCACAGGAGCUGGCCGUGGAUUUGGAUGCCUCUCAGUGGACCAUCCCCCCCGUGUUCUCCUGGCUCCACAAGGAAGGAGGUCUGAGCGAGGAGGAGAUGGCCCGCACCUUCAACUGCGGCCUGGGAGCGGUGCUGGUGGUCGCCCCAGUGGACGCUCAGAGGGUCCUGAGCCAGCUUCAAGCCCACGAGGAGGCCUGGAUUGUCGGUUCGCUGGCCCACAAGCAGCCCGGGGCCGAACCUGUGGUGGUCCGCAACCUGAAAAACAGCCUACUCAAUGCGGGACAGGCAUCCAGCAAAGAGGUGGCAGUCGAGGCAAAUCAGGGUUGUCACGACAACAGCAUAGUACCACGCAAGAGGACAAAAGUAGGGGUUCUCAUCUCUGGCACAGGCACAAACCUGCAGGCCCUCAUAGAGCAGGCCAAGCGUCCAUGCAGCUCAGCUGAGAUUGUGGUGGUGAUUUCCAACAAACCGGGAGUUCAGGGCCUGAAAAGAGCAUCGCUGGCUGGUAUCCAGACCCGGGUGGUGGACCACAAACUAUUCGGCAGCCGCGCAGAGUUCGAUGGCACCAUUGAUCGCGUGCUGGAAGAAUUUGGGGUGGAGCUGGUGUGUCUGGCUGGGUUCAUGAGGAUCCUCACUGGAACUUUUGUCAAGAAAUGGAAUGGUAAGCUGCUGAACAUCCAUCCAUCUCUGCUGCCCUCGUUCAAGGGUGUGAAUGCCCAGAAACAGGCUCUGCAGGCUGGUGUGAGGGUCACCGGCUGCACGGUCCACUUUGUAGCAGAGGAGGUGGACGCAGGAGCCAUCAUCGUGCAGGAGGCGGUGCCCGUGCUGGGUAGCGACACAGAGGAGAGUCUCUCCGACAGAAUCAGAGAGGCCGAGCACCGAGCCUUCCCCGCAGCGCUGGAGCUGGUGGCGAGCGGCGCUGUGAGCCUUGGAGAGGAUGGACGCAUCAGCUGGAAGUCUCACUCAAGUUAAAAAUAAAUAAUAAUAAUAAUAAUAAUGUGCCGUUUACAGCAAUUCCAGUUUACUUCUGUUACACAAAAAUGGUUUUGGAGAAAUGGAGACACUAACACAGCAGAGUGAUGAGUAGAAAAAAGUUUACUUUUAUUUUGAACCUUCAGCUGACCUUUGAACACAUCAUGUGCUUUAGGGUCACUUAAAACUUUUGAACAAACCCAGAUAAGAAAUGACUGCAUUAACUACAUUCCACUUAUACCUUGUAGAUUUGCACUGGACUCUGCUGGAUCACUAAAUAACAGAUUUAGCAUGAUGAGCCUUCUUGUUAAAGUAUCUGAAUGCUUGAUUAUGAGGUUUUGAAUGUUGUCAUUGGUGACUUGAUAAUAAAAACUGGGAUUGAAUGCAAA